AUGGCAACCGUCGUCCAGUGGGCCCGUGCCUGCGGCAAACACAUCUCCAUCUUUGUAGCCAAGCAUGACACUAAAUCGGCGAAGCGGCUGCGCGUCGAAGAGCUGGGCGACGUGCUCCGCCGCGGAGACGACUCGCAGCUGCCAACCCCGGGCCUGUUCUUCUACGCGCGGGGGAUGCCGGUCGUGGUGACUCGGAACCAGUUUAUUAGGCUGAAGGUCGUCAACGGGACACCUUUCAAGGCCGUCGACAUCUUCCCUGAUCCCGCCGCCGGCACCAUCGCCUUCGCCAGCGAUGUGACUCUUCAUCUUGGACCGCCGGUGGCCGUCCUCCCUCAGUCAGACGAUAGCGCGGGCCUCGCCAUCCCCGGGCUCCCCAAUGGCACGAUCCUGAUCAAGAGCAAGACGGUCGCCAUCCCGAGCCAAAUGCGGGGCAAAGAAGGCAGAUGGAGGGGCAAGCCGGGUUUCAGGUGGGUCACCCACAGAACGGGGCCUCUCUGCACACCGGCCUUCGCUAUGACAGAUCAGAAGAGCCAAGGCAAGCAGUUCUCCAACGUGCUCGUCAACCUCAAAGGCGUCCACUCGAGUGGCACGGCGACUCGACCCAGCUUCAUGAGCUUGUACGUGCAGCUGUCGAGGGCGCAGAGUUGGGACGGGCUGCAUCUGUUUCGGAAACCGGCGCGUGGCGACUUUAUCGAGCCCAAGAAUGUGCUUGACAAAGACAUGAGGGAGGCUAUCGUCAAGCUGGAACGACAGGGCGAGGAGACCAGACGGCGGUUCGAGCAAGACCACAGGCACGAGUCGUGGUUCCAAGAAUGGGAUGCAAUGCUUGAAUCUGGCCAGGGGCUGAAACCGAUGACGUAG